AUGCUGGUAGAUCUGAAUGUAUGCUGGCCUCAGAAGGAUUUCAAGACGCCGAUCAGUGCGCAGGAUGAGGCGAAUGUGAGGGCUACGCUAAUGACGUUGAAGACACUCGGGUAUACGCAUGUGGCUCUGAACUUCACUGUCAGUCAGACGGAGAAGUUCCCUAACGAUGCGCGGGAGCUGAACCCGAUGGAUAUCAAUGUGCGGUUCAAGAAGCUGAUGGAGGCCACUGGCCUCAAGAUAUACUCGCGUAUAACGCUGGUCAUUGACGAUCCCUCGAAGGGACAGAGCCUGGCGAAGGUAUCACAGGCGUACGAUAUAGUCGCGGCGCUGCCUAUCAGCGAGAAAGGUCUCACUUUGGCUACUACGAACCUGGACAUCGACCUGCUCACAUUCGAAUAUUCGCAGCGGCUACCGAUGAUGCUUAAGCACAAGACUAUAUGCAGUUGUGUGAACCGUGGUGUGAAAGUGGAAAUUGCAUACGGUGCUGCAUUGAGGGAGUCAUUUGUGAGGAAACAGUUUGUCUCCAAUGCCAGAAGUGUGAUCAGAAGCUCGAGAGGUAGAGGUAUAAUAAUCAGCAGCGGGGCCGCGUCGCCUUCAGAGUGUCGAAACGUGCUAGGUGCAAGCAGCAUAAUUAGCUUUCUGGGACUGAAGAGCGAUAGUUGCUCUAGAGCCAUGGGCGAAGUUCCCUCGCUGGUUUUACUGAACGGUAGACUAAGAAACAAAAGUUACAAGCAGACGGUAGCGGUUGGCACCGCCUCGAACGGAUCAAACGUAGUUGAAUCCAAGCUAGAAGACGAUAGCCGAAAUAUCAAGAUUGUUGCUAGAGAUAUAUCUGCAACCGCCGAGCCCGAUCAAGGUCCUGAAAGAAAGAAAAGAAAAAUAUAA